AACCGCCACUAGGAAUAUUCUUCGUAUAGCUUCCCGGAAAAGCCUCCUGGAUUAGGGUUCUUGGGCGCAAGUUUGAAAUCAUGUCGAGCGGCCUCACGGUCGUGAAGCUGCGCGAGGCGCUUCGCAAGCGCAAUCUCGACGCGACGGGGCUCAAGGCGGAUUUGGUCGCCAGGCUCGACGAUGCGAUCGCCGCCGAAGCACCGACGACGAAGAAAUCCCCGACAAAGAAGCGAGCUGCAAAGAGAAAAGGCGAGGAGGAAGACGAAGACGAUGGAGACGAUGCCCCACCGGCGCCUAAAAGAUCGAAGGCCGACGAGGUAAAAAGAAUGACAGUGGUAGAUCUCCGCGCGGCAUUGAGCGAGCGUCAGCUUGCCACGACUGGGCGGAAGAACGAUCUCGUGGAGAGGUUAAUUGCUGCUCUCGAAAGUGAUGUCGACAAAGAUGAGGAAGAUGCCAAGAGCGAUGCUACUGCCAAAGAUCAAGCCGACGAUACCCAGCCCGACUCUCGCAGAGCAAGUGCUCGUGGCAAGGAGAAAGAAGGAAAGAAGGAAAGGGAGGAGGAAGCUAAGAUGGUAAAAGCUUACAAGAAGGGUCGCGCGGUCUUGGACGAGGUGCUAGCCGAUCAUAUUAAAUCGUCGUGUCAUGUUCUAGAAGAGGGGGACGAUGUGUAUGAUGCAAUGCUCAAUCAAACCAACGUAGGAGAGAACAAUAACAAGUACUAUAAGCUCCAAGUGCUAGAAUCUGAUGACAACUCCCAGUACUUUGCGUGGUUUCGUUGGGGUCGAGUUGGAUACAAAGGUCAAAACCAGCUCCAUAACUUAUCCCGAGAAGGUGCAAAACGGGAAUUCGAGAAGAAGUUUUAUCAGAAGACUCGUAACAACUGGAGGGAUCGCAGUCGGUUUGUUUCACACCCGCAAAAAUACACGCUUCUGGAAAUGGACUACGAAGAGGAAGAUGCCGCGAAAAAAAAGACGGAGAAGAAGAAAGACGUGGUCCCUCCUAUGAAGAAGCAAGUUCAGAGCAAACUUGACAGCCGUGUUGCGCAAUUUGUGUCUCUGAUUUGCGAUCUCAAAAUGAUGAGGCAACAAAUGGUGGAGAUAGGAUAUGACGCUCGAAAGAUGCCCCUUGGCAAGCUAAGCAAGGCGACAAUCCUAAAGGGAUAUCAAACACUGAAAUCCAUUCAAGGGGUGUUGGAAUCGCGUGGACCACCGCAAACCUUGCUAGACUUGAGCAGCGAGUUCUACACACUUAUCCCGCACGAUUUUGGCUUUCAGAAUAUCCGACAACAAACUAUUAACACUAUCGAGAAGCUGAAAAAGAAAAUUGAAAUGGUUGAGGCUCUUGGAGAGAUUGCAAUCGCUGCGCAGGUUCUAGAAGAAGAUGACGAGGAGGAUGAUCCAGCAUUUGCACAUUACAAAAGGCUGAUGUGCAAGCUUGAACCACUCGACCAAAGUGGUGAAGAAUUCAAAAUGAUCCAGGAGUAUUUGAAGAACACCCAUGGCCAAACACAUCGCAGUUAUGACCUUAUUUUACAGGAUGUAUUCAAGGUUCAGAGAGAUGAAGAAGAUGCGGGUUUUCGUAGUUUUUCUCAAACUCCCAACCGCAUGCUUCUCUGGCACGGCUCACGGCUGACAAACUGGACGGGCAUUCUUUCUCAAGGACUCCGUAUUGCUCCUCCGGAAGCACCAUCGACGGGUUAUAUGUUUGGGAAAGGCGUUUAUUUUGCUGACAUGGUAUCCAAGAGUGCCAACUAUUGCUUUACUACAUCGCAAAAUCCCCGUGGAGUUCUCCUCUUGUGUGAGGUGGCUCUUGGACAGAUGAAUGAGCUUUAUCAAGCGGACUACAAUGCGAACAGACUCCCUCCCGGAAAGCUAAGCACGAAGGGUCUGGGUCGAUCGGUACCAAAUAGCUCGCAGUUUAAGACGCUACCAGAUGGAGUAGUCGUGCCUCUGGGAAAACCAGUGAAAUCUCCUAACAGCAAUACUAGCCUCGAGUACAACGAGUACAUCGUCUAUGACACCAAGCAGAUCAGAAUGCGAUAUGUUUUGCAAGUGGAUUUCCAAUACAAGCUCGGCCGCUAUUGAACAAUGCUGGUCCUUUUCUUUUUCUUUUUCACUGUAAAUAUAACACGUUUCAGGAACAAAAGCUGAUGAACUUAA